AUGUCUUAUCCAUUGGUAACGUUCACCCAGGGUGCAUCGAAUGAUGCGUGGGAACGAUUAAGGGAAGUUAUUUCGAAUAUCUGGCUACAUGAAGCGCGGAAUCUGUCGGAAUUGGUACAUACCCUCCGUGACAGAUAUGCAUUUGUCUCUACUGAGAAAAUGUGCAGAUCUCGACUUAAAGCAUGGGGUCUAUCCACUUACAAGAAGAGUAAGGGCAAGACAACCCAGACAGCUUCCAGCAAUCCUCCCAGAAAGCGAAAGAGCAGACCCAUGAUGGGCACACUGGCACCAGUGCUUCAACAACCCGAUGUUUACAGAGUACCCAUGAUCUUUAUCAACUUGGUCGACCAGCUGAUUCUCGCACUGUUUCAAAAUGCUAAGCCAUGGUCCACUCAUCUGCAUUUGAUCCGGCCAAAGGUAUCAGCCAUGGUGGGCUUUGUACGAGGAAAUUACGUACAAGUCUCCGCGAAGCACGCUUGCAACUACGAAAGUUGGUCCCUUUGCCAAGAUCUCUGGACGCAGCCAUACGGCCACUGCAUUACUUGGUCAUGA